AAAAAAAUAGGAAAAAAAAAUAGAGGAAGAAGAAGAGAAGAGGAGAAGAACCGAAGCCCCUUUGGGUCCCUCUCUCUCUCUCUUCUAAUCAUCGUCUCUCUCUCUCAUUCUUUCUCUCUUCGCUCGCGCGUCUCAAUCAGUUAAAUCUAUACAUACACAUAUACGCGAAUACAUGGUUGUGAGGAUAUUGUAGUGACGACGGCGCAAUUGACCGGAGGAUGUACGGAGGAUCGUCGAAACUCGGUCGCGGUAGGGGUGGAGGAGGCGGCGGUGGCGGUGGACCGGCACGCAACCGCAAUUCGUUCCCUCCUCCUACGAACCGGCACCCCUCUCCCGUCGGGAGGAUGUCCUCGGGAGGUGGUGGCUCCUCCGCCGGCGGUCCACGACAGCGGAAUUCUACUAGCGUCAAGGCAGCGGCUGCGACGACCUCGUCGUCUCGUACGGUUGAGGAAAACUUUAGCCUCGUUCCGAGGGAGAGUCCCUCUGCUUUUGGAAUGAUCAUACGGUUGGCUCCUGACUUGGUGGAGGAGAUCAAGCGGGUGGAGGCACAGGGUGGAGCCGCCAAGAUCAAGUUCGAUGCGUUUCCUAACAAUAGCACUGGGAAUAUCAUUGAUGUCGGUGGAAAAGAGUUCAAAUUUACCUGGUCUAGGGAGCGUGGUGAUUUAUGUGACAUAUAUGAAGAACACGAAAGUGGUGAAGAUGGAAAUGGAGUGCUGAUUGAGGCUGGAUGUGCUUGGCGAAAACUUAACGUCCAGCGAACUCUAGACGAGUCAACCACAAGCCAUAUGAAGAUGCGCUCAGUUGAAGCUGAACAGAGAACCAAAUCACGCAAGGCAAUCGUUUUAGAACCUGGGAAUCCAUCAUUAACAAAGCAGUUAGCUCGUGCUGAAGCUAGUCCAUGGAGAAUGUCAAAUAAGAAGAAGGAACCUCCGCCUAAGAAGCGGAAAAUUGAUCCACCUCCAGUUCCAAUCGGAGGUUCCAAGUCUUCUUUCAGACCAGGGGCUUCAACUCCUGCUGUGAAAAGUAGGCUAUCGGCUUCACCGGGUCUGUCCCCUUCAUAUGGGAGUGGGAGUGUUGCUAAAACUCAUGCAGCUAACGAGAAUGUCACGCCAGCAUUAGAGAAAGCUUUUGGAGAUAGAAGAAUACCUAAUGCAGCAAAGAAGAUUGAACCAAUUUUGAAAAAAAUUGCAAAUUUCCAAGCUCCAAGGUAUUUCUUGAAACCAGAGGCAGAGUUGGAAAGCUAUAAAAAACCUCCUGAUAGCCGAAGUUCUACUUAUGCUUUCUUCCCCUGUACUUCCAUAUCUGGUCUUAGACAACUUUUACUUUUCAGCUCACCUGAACACCAGCGAUUGCUGCCAAUCACUGAAUGCAGUCGCGAUCAGUUACCUGUUCCAGGAGGCAGCAACAUGGAGAAAGUUUCUGUGUGGGAGCGGAACGGAGAGGGUCCACAAGACUGUUUGCUUGUGCAUUCAGCAGAGCAUUUGAGCACGCAAGAAAAUGUUGACACUGACUAUCAUUCACCUGGUAUUAUUCAUGAGGAAAAGCGACCAGAGAGAGAAGGUCAGGGUCGUAGCUCUAGUGAUAGUGACAGUGGUAGUGAUAACAGUGAUAGUGGGAGUGAUAGUGGGAGCCACAGUAAAGGAAGUGACAGCGGGAGCAGCAGUGAUAGCGAGGCUUCUUCUAACAGUAAGGACGGUUCUGAUGAGGAUGUGGAUAUCAUGAGCGAUGGGGACAGAGGGCCUCAACAGAUAAUACAGCCAGCUGAACGGGAUGCUAUUGAUCUCCCAGGUCAUGGUUCUAAUGCUGUUGACAUCGAGGGUCAUGAUUCUGAUGCUGUCGACAUUGACGGCCAUGAUUCUGAUGCAGUUGACAUCGAUGGUCAUGGGUCUGAUACUGUAGAUGUCGAGGGGAACAGUUCAGAUGAGGAUCAUGGUUCUGAAGAUCAGAGAAAAAGAAUCUCUGAUAAUAACUGGAAAAUGGAAGCAACAACUGUAAAUGAAGAAGUUGGCAUUUCAGGGCAGGAAAAUUUUGCUCCGGGUCACGACAAUCUACGAGAGCGCGAAAAUUUUAUUGGACAGUUGUUUGAUGACACAGAGAAUACAACGAAGAGUAACUUAAAAGAUGACCAACCUGACAUCUCUGAAAGGCCGGCCAAACACCAGAACCAAAAAGCCCCUGAGUUGGAGCACUACAGUCAGAAAUCAGCUCAGGUGAAAAAUAGAAAAUCCCAGAGCUUCGAUCAAUAUCCUGCCAUAGGUAAAGAUUCACAGCGUUCAGAGCGCAAGUAUGAUGCAGAACAUCUCAACGCUUCGGCUAGUCAAACGAUAGAUCCACUUAGAGGGCUUCAGAAGCCAUUUGGUGAAAAGUCCAAUCGACAUGGUCAAAUGAAGCAUGUUGACAGUACAGGUAAACCAGAUAAACAGUCUGAUGCCUUGAAUGUUCGUAAGUCUGACGAAGGGGACCAUUUUGCGCAUGAAAUGCUUUCUAGUCAGUCAGGUAAGGCCUUCAGGGACAAUCAAAGGGAUGAUGUUCAUUUGAAAAAUAAGUUUCCAAGGAAUAGAAAAGAUGGUGAGUCAGCCAAUCGACAUUCUGAUACAUCCAAUAAAAAACACGGUGAACUGGAUGGAAGCGACAAGGAUGCCAAGAAUGUUUCAGGCUUGAGCAUAGGUUCUUCUCCCUUGGAUACCCAGAGAACAUAUUUGACUAAAUUACCUAAGGGAAAUGGAUCUGUGCUCCUAAAACAGGUUUCAGACCUGGAAUUGGGUGAACUCCCUGGGCCAAUGGGGGAAGAUACAGCAUUGAAGCAACUCGAAGAGAGAACUUCUUCUAGGCAGUCAUUAAAACUAAGCACUUCAGAGAAAUUGGCUGUUGACUCAGAUAAACGAAGGUCUAAAAAAUCUGACUCCAAAAAGCCAGCUCCCUCACAUGCCAGCAAUGGUAUCAAAGAAUUGCCCGAUCACGUUGUUGAAGAUUCAGAAAGAUCUCAAAAGUGGGCUUUGCAGUCACAUGGGCAGAACCAUACGGGCACAGAUACUGAAAUCGGCUCACAGGAGAAUGCAGCUUUUAAAUCAAGACAAAAAGACAGUAGAGCAAGAGUAGGAAGCAGUGUGGAAGGUUAUGGAGAGACGAACAAAAAAACGCCCGCUACAAAGCAUGGCAAGCGAGCAUCCACAUCCCGCUCAUCAAGGGAGAGUAAAAGACAUGCGUCUGACAAAAUUGCAAAGUCGAUCAAUGGACACAAAGACGCAACUUCAAUACCAGGUGACAGUGUUGUUGUCCGUGAGAAACAAAUGACAUCUUUUGAUAAAGAAGACUCUACUUAUUUAAAAUACGAGAAAGCUUCUCCUGAGCUCAAGGGACCAAUUGGUGAUCAUUUGCAGUAUAAAGCCUAUAUGCAGGAAUAUUUGGAUAAGUAUGAUAGUUACUACUCCAUUAACAAGAUAUUAGAGGGCUACAGAAAUGACUUUCACAAGUUGGGGGAAGACCUUAAGUUUGCAAAAGGUAGGGACAUGGAGAGAUAUAACAAAGUUGUGGAGCACUUGAAGGAAUCUUAUUGCAAAAAUGGGGAGAGGCACAAACGUUUGAAGAAAGUAUUUCUUGUUCUCCACGAAGAGUUGAAGCAUCUGAAACAAAGAAUGAAAGACUAUGCAUCAUCUCAUGGAAAAGAUUGAUGAAACUUGAACCAAAGCUCUCAAGAAAACUUGGACCUCAUGCUCAAGAGGAGGAGGGUUUGAUAUUCCUCCUUUGGAAUCAUCGUGUUGAAAAUUAGCUGUUUUUUUCCUUCUUCUUUCGUUCUUGUGAAAUUAGAAAUGAUUCAUAGGCCCAAUUUUGUGUGAGUUGUACCUAGGGAGACCUUUCGUUUUCGUAGAUUUUAUGGUUUUAAAUUUAUUUCAGUUGAUGUUCUUUUGACCACUCGAUAAAAAAAUAUGUACAGAUCAAUGUAGAUUCUUCUGGCUCUGUUUUGUUUAAGUUUAAUAGGACAUCAUGGGCAUUGUGUUCUUCCAUGUGAAGCCUAAUACGGAUAACCAAAUUAAAG